AUGAGUGCGGGUGGAAAGUUAUGUGGCACAUCUCCUUGUCCCUCAGCUGCUUCUUGUGUACCAACUAUUCACGGAAAACUCCGCUGCGUUUGUCCUGCUAAUUGGACUAGAACUGAAAGCUGUGAAAGAGAUACGGACGAGUGUUCCUCUGGAUCGCAUGACUGCUCAGCGGACGCGUACUGCAACAACACUGUGGGCUCAUUUAUCUGCACUUGUAAAGCUGGAUUUUCAGGGGAUGGCAAAGAGUGCAAAAGAUUUAAAAGAUUUCGUUUUCAUUGGGCACUUAAUGGGUCUGAUCCAAAUGUGAGUUUGUACAAUAAUGCUUCCUAUCAAAAUACGGAUGGCAGGAAAGUAUUGUACCUGAGUGGAGCCCAGCAUUCCUAUGCAGAAACCCCAGCACUCCCGAUUCGAGCUAUCAGCUUCAGUAUCAUGUGUUGGAUAAAAGUUUUGAGCCUUCCAAGUAAUCAUCCAGUUAAUAUCUAUUCUGACUGGUCAGCACCACAUCAAUUCAGAAUCUUUAUUUCUUCACGUGCACAUCAUUCAAUUUGUGCUAAUCUUCGAAAUUCUCGUAGACGUGAAAUGUUGGAUUCUUUCUGUUGCUGGAAGAUCAUCCCCAAUAGAUGGAUGCACGUGGCGUUCACCUGGAGCCGAGACAGAAAAGAGGGAGUUCUGUUCAUUGAUGGAAUUAUAGGAGGUAGCAGGAGAGUUUCUAGUGCUCUUUUAGACCUGAACGAAAAUGAUCAUACAGUUUUCGACAUUGGUUUGAAACGAGACGACAUGAAUAAACCGACUUUUGAUGGGUACAUGAGAGAUCUCAUAGUGGUUGAUAAAGCGCUAUCAGGAGAUGAAGUGAAAUACGUGAAAGACAUACUUUAAGGAAGAGUACGUGGUGUGACGACCUUUAAGGAGAGCUACAAAGGAGACUGGGACAGAGCGGUACAAUCGAACUUUCAAGGCGGUGAGAUGUUUAGGCAUUACAGAUCGUUCGACAUGAAAUCGUUAGAAGCUUUGAUGUCUUCUCGUUACGAAACUGGAAGGUGCAUAUGAGCAUGAACAUUACCAAUUUCAAUGAAAAUUAUUUUUCGGGUACCACUACAGCAUCUCUGAUUGAAAAACCAACCAAAGAGGCAUAAAAACUCAUUCUUAGGCAAGCUUUAAGGCGGCAACAAGAACAGUCGAAAUGAAAUGCAUGUGGAGCAAAUAGAUCAGAAAACCUUUUUAUUUUAGGUUGCUGGUGCCAUACUAUAAAUGCUGCAUUUUCUGUUAUCUCUCAUGGUGGGUGACUCUUAUGUAGUAAUCAAUGUCGACUGUGAGAAAAAUUAGUUUGCUAAUAAGAGACUGUUUUGAAUCA